AUGAAAGGUAACACUAGAGGCAAACCAUGGACAGUGAUAUGGCAAGUAUUAUUCUCUUCAUUUUGCUUCAGUGAUGUCUUAGGCCAAUUGCAAUAUUCAAUACCUGAAGAAAUUAAAUUGGGAUCUGUGGUUGGGAAUGUGGCAAAAGAUCUUGGAAUUAAUGUAAAGGAACUUGCACUUAGAAAAUUCCAAAUAGUUUCUCAUGAUAUAAAACAAUAUUUUAAUAUAAAUCUUGAAAAUGGAGACUUAAUUGUAUCAGAAAGAAUUGAUAGAGAAACAUUAUGCGAGGCAAAACUGAACUGCUUUCUAAACCUUGAAGCUGUCAUUGAAUAUCCAUUGAACUUUUACACAAUCACUAUAGAAAUCCAGGAUGUGAAUGAUAAUGCUCCGACAUUUUCUAAGAAACAUUUUGAAAUAAGCAUCAGUGAGUCUGCUUUACCUGGAGUACAUUUUCCAUUAGGAAAUGCAGAAGAUCCAGAUCUAGGCACAAAUUCUAUACAAAGUUAUACUCUUAGUGACACUGAGCACUUUAGUCUAGGAGAAAGAACUAUGAGGAGUGAAAUAAAGUAUGCAGAAAUUAUACUUGAAAAAUCAUUAGACAGAGAAAAGCAGGACUUUUAUGAUUUAAUUUUAACAGCUUCUGAUGGAGGCAAACCUGCUAAAACUGGGACCGCCAAAAUUAAAAUCACUGUUCAAGAUGUUAAUGACAACUUUCCAACAUUUGCCCAGGAUACAUACAACAUAAGACUGCAUGAGAAUAUGCCGAUUGGUUCUUUAGUGGUCCAUUUAAAUGCAACUGAUGAAGAUGAAGGUACAAAUGGCUUAUUGGCCUAUUAUUUUAACCACAUACCUAAAAAUGCUAAUCAAAUAUUUGCGAUAGAUUCCAGCAAAGGAGACAUUACGAUAAUAGGAAGUUUAGAUUACGAAAUAUCAAAUACUUAUGACAUGACUGUAGAAGCUAUAGAUGGUGGAGGCCUUGUAACACAUUGCAAGGUGUCAAUACAAGUGAUUGAUGUGAAUGAUAAUGCUCCAGAUAUAACAGUUACCACUCUUGCAACAACAAUUCCAGAAGAUUCUCCACCUGGUACUGUCAUGGCUGUAAUUAAUGUCCGUGAUUUGGAUUCUGGGAUGAAUGGUGAGAUACUUUGUGUGGUCUCACAUAUAAAGGAUUUUCAACUAUUGCCAUCAUCUAGUAACUAUUAUAAACUUGUAACUGCAACUAGCAUUGACAGAGAACGAAAUUCUGGAUACAAUGUUACAAUUCAAUGUAUGGAUAAAGGAACUCCUCCAUUGUCUACUAAUAAAACUAUUCAGUUAACUAUUUCAGAUGUGAAUGACAAUGUUCCAGUUUUUGAGAGAAUUAACUACAUUGUCUACAUUAUAGAAAAUAACCAACCUGGAAUCUCAGUGCAAAUUAUUUUUGCUUCAGAUCUUGAUCAAGGUGACAAUGGAAAAAUUACAUACAGUAUUGUGAGCAGCAACAUUGAUAAUAUUCCAGUAUCUUCAUAUGUUUCCAUAAACUCAAUGACUGGAGUUCUCUAUGCCCAGAGAUCUUUUGACUAUGAGCAGUUGCGAGGAUUUAAUUUUCAGGUGAUAGCUAAAGACAGUGGAUCUCCUCCUCUAAGCAAUAAUGUCACAGUCAGGAUAUAUAUCAUUGAUAAGAAUGAUAAUGCUCCUAAGAUUCUCUACCCAUCACCAGAGACUGAGGGAUCAGCAUUAUUUGAGUUUAUUCCUCACUCUGCUGAGAAAGGUUAUCUGGUCACCAAAGUGAUUGCAGUGGACGCUGACUCUGGACACAAUGCCUGGCUCUCCUAUCACUUACUACAAGUUCAAGAACCAUCUUUAUUUGGAAUUGGCCAGCAUACUGGUGAAAUAAAGAUUUUAAGAGAUCUGCAAGAUGUUGAUAAUUUAAGGCAAAAACUUGUGGUUCUGGUGAAGGAUAAUGGAUCCCCAUCUCUGUCAUCUACAGUUACUUUGAAUUUAGUCAUUGCAGAGAAUUUUCAGCAAGUUAUGCCAGAAAUAAGAAGACAACCAACCAAUUCAGACAAGACAUCUAAUGUAACUUUUUAUCUAGUCAUAUCCAUAGCUCUGAUUUCUUGUCUAUUUAUUAUAACUGUUAUCAUUACGGCAAUUUUCAAAUGCAGAAACGCCAACACCCCAACUACUUUUGGAUCAUAUAAUAGAAAUGUGUACCCUCAAUUCACCCUGGGAUGUCCUUCUGAAAUAAGUGAUACAAGUUUACCUUUCCCAUUCUCAUACGAUGUGUGUGUGACUCUGGACUCGAAGCAGAAUGAAAUUGCUUAUCUGAAACCGGUGCAGAAUGUCCCCACGGACAAUCUAAUAGACACAGAUGACUUGGCAAUGGUGAAUCAGUCUGAAAACGCUAAGUUGUCAUCCAGCAGUGUUGGACAGGUAUGA